GACAUCUCCAUGCCCCGUCUCUUUUCUCUCGUCUAACAACACUACCCACACGCCUUUCAUCAUCCUUUCGCUACUCCCAUCUUCUUCUUCUUUUAAUCUUCUUAUCGCCAUAGCUCUAGCUUGCAAUAGAAGCUGUACAGUUAACCUUAAGGUUUUAUUAGUUUUUUUGGUUUGUUGGAAAGAAAGAAAGGAACGAUGAACCACUGGGCGGUCCAGCCAAACGCUUUCGGUGAUCAGAGUGUUGUUGUCUGCCCAAAACCACGUCGGAUUGCUCUCCGUAACCCUUCCCUCUACCACCAUCCCGCUCGUUCUCUCCGUUGUUACUUCAGUCAUCAACAAGUGGAGGUGUGUGAAUCCGAGGCAGAGACUGAUAUCUUAGAUAUCAUACUCACAAAGGAUGGUUAUGGUACGGAACAAGUUCAGGCUCAGGUAUUAGACUCGCCGUCCCCGUUUUUAUGUGGGUCGCCGCCGAGCAGAGUCGCUAACCCUUUAACCCAGGAUGCUCGUUUCAGAGAUGAACUCUCACUGGUCUCUUCAUCGAUCUCGACUCCGCUAGGCCAACCUCAGUCCUCCUCAGGUAGGAAAGGAGGAUGUGUUAGAGGCAGUUUUGGUAGCAGCCCAGCGGUUAGGAUUGAAGGGUUCGAUUGCCUCGACAGGGACAGUAGAAACUGCAGCAUCCCUGCCUUGGCAUGAGAACCCAACGUCGGAAACCACCAACCACAUACUCUGUUGAAUUAGCUCACAAAAACCAAUUAGUGCGUCGUACAUAAUGAGUUAAGUAUAUGGAGAAUUUGUGGAAAUCUUUGAGGGAAGUUGAGAGAGAGAUAGAUCCCUUUGGAGUUUUUCUAAAGAGUGUGUAAAUAGGAGAAAUUUUCUUGGCUAAGUUUGUAGUAAUGGUCAUUUUGUAAAAAGAGUAUUAAGGCAGAAAAUCAGUUGUUGAGGAGAGAACAAACAGAUUAUUAGGUUUUGGAUCAAUAUUGAUAUUUGGAAAGGUCAGGUUAUUCUGUAAAAAGAGAGAUGGAGACAUGAAAGAAGUCUUCUUCAGUUUUU